AUGCGAGCAGUAUCGGGGAUUGUUAGGCAUUAUAAUAUCCAGACAGUAACCGCGCAUGUCCACGAGACUAACGAGGAAGCGUUGCUCUGGUACUUGGCACGCGGAUUUACAAUACAAGGAGGUGUGGUUGAAGGUUAUUACAGACGGUUGAAGCCUGGUGGUGCGAAGAUAGUCAGCCUCAAGCUUGCAUGGGAAGAAGAUGACGAAGAUGCUAAGCCUGGGUCCCUCAAUGACGCUGGGUGCAAGGAUGACGAAGGCGAUGACGAUUGGGAGAAGGUUGAGCUGGAUGAAUGCGACCCUACCACGGCAGAAAAACUGGAAGAAUAUGUCAGGAAACGGGUGAAAAGCGCAUGA